GCUCGUGCACGCGCAUCCGAUGCGUAUCGUCAUUUAUUCAAGCAUGAGAGGGAAAAACACUCCACAGUUUCAGCAUCAACCUUCAGAAGAGAACACACACUAUUAUGGACAUCAUCUGGAUCGAUUUGGGAGGCAUUAAUAAUGUGUCAUACCCACAACUAAAACAUCACUAAAUCAGAGCUGGAUAUUCAUUUGGAUUGGUUUCAUGGAAUCCCGACCUGCUAUCCUUCAUCCGCCCAGAAACGAUGAGCCCAAGGCAUGCUGGGAAUCUGAGUCCAAGCCCUCAGGACAGCACAGAAAGGGAAACAUCUCUCCUGGAACCAGGACAAGACUUGGAGAAAAUCAUGGGAUUGAAGUAGAAGCUAAAGAGCUAGAGGAGAGGUCCAACUCCAUGGAAUCUGCUGGCCAUGUAAAAACACUAAAACACACAGCAUUAGCAACCAAUCCAGUGUCAGAACCCCUCCCUGCCUCGAGAAUACCAACCAUGCACUCGGCUACGACCAAGCAAGUCACUGUGAGAACAGUCAACACAACCGCUAUAACUAAAAUAGCAUCAAAUCAACCAACCAAAGCAACUGCACCUGGAGUGGAGGUCUUAAGUUUAUCCACUCAACCUCAACCCAGUGGGCCAAAACUCAGAUCCCCAAAUGCAAGCCAUGAGAAGAAGCUACAAGCGAGUGCGAAAACAUUUUCCAAAAACAUCCAAAAGACGGCCUCAGCAUCUCAUAUAAUGGGCUCCGCAGACUCCCCACAAAAGAUGCUUCAUAAAACCGCUUCCGCUUCCCAGAUUUCCUCAAACGACUCUCCCAAGAGUCUCAACCGGGCAUCUCUCUCGCAAAUUCCUCGAGCCACUUCCAGCCCCAAACUUAAACUAUCCCACCCUGCAUCUCUCAAAUUGGACAAAACCGAGCGGAUUAAAAGAGUUACAGGCAAAGAAGGACCAUUUUCGACUUCUCCGAAGGAUAAAAUGAUUGACACUCCAUUGUUGGUGGAGAGCAAACUGCAACUGGGGGCGAAAGCAGCUGGAGAGAGUCCUCAGGGACGCCAGGAGCAAGAGACAAAGAGCAGGAUUGAGAGAAAAGGAGAAACGCUAGGAGAUGAAAGAGAGGACACUGUCCCUCAGGGACACGGUGGAAGAGUCCUCACCGUGAAAAGCUCACCAGGGUGCAAACAAACCUCCGCUCUGUCAUCGAAACAAGCAGCUGAACCGCAGAAAGAGCCUGAAGACAAGACUGACGCAUAUGUCACAACCCAAGAGAGACACGCAGGAAGCAGUCAGAGACGGAAGGAAAAGGAGGAAGCAAAAAGUGAGGCGAGGAGACAGACAGGAGAGAGAAAGGGGGAAGUUGAGAUUAAGGACAAAAUGGUGACUGAGGCCAGGAAGGAUACAGUGAUGAACGAAAAGGAUAAGACACCGACAUCCAAGCAAUUGAACGAUGCAGAGACCGAGACAAUUAAAGGCUUUUUAGCGGAUAAGACGGCAACAUCCAAGCAAUUGAACGAUGCAGAGACAAAGGCAAUUAAGGUUGUCCAAGUGGAUAAGACGCCAACAUCCAAACAAUUAAACGAUCCGGAGACAAAGACAAUUAAUGUUGUCCAAGUGGAUAAGACGCCAGUCACGCCAACAUCCCAGCAAUUGAACGAUGCAGAGACAAAGGCAAUUAAGGCUGUCCAAGUGGAUAAGACGCCAACAUCCAAACAAUUAAACGAUGCAGAGACAAAGACAAUUAAUGUUGUCCAAGUGGAUAAGACGCCAACAUCCAAGCAAUUGAACGAUGCAGAGACAAAGGCAAUUAAGGUUGUCCAAGUGGAUAAGACGCCAACAUCCAAGCAAUUGAACGAUGCAGAAACAAAGACAAUUAAUGUUGUCCAAGUGGAUAAGACGCCAGUCACGCCAACAUCCCAGCAAUUGAACGAUGCAGAGACAAAGGCAAUUAAGGCUGUCCAAGUGGAUAAGACGCCAACAUCCAAACAAUUAAACGAUCCGGAGACAAAGACAAUUAAUGUUUUCCAAGUGGAUAAGACGCCAACAUCCCAGCAAUUGAACGAUGCAGAGACAAAGGCAAUUAAGGCUGUCCAAGUGGAUAAGACGCCAACAUCCAAACAAUUAAACGAUCCGGAGACAAAGACAAUUAAUGUUUUCCAAGUGGAUAAGACGCCAACAUCUAAGCAAUUGAACAAUCCAGAGACAAAGACAAUUAAGGUUUUCCAAGUGGAUAAGAAGUCGACAUCCAAGCAAUUGAACAAUGCAGAGACAAAGACAAUUAAAGGUUUCCUAGUGACCGAAACAAAGGAUGCAGCACUACAGGUGGAUCUGCACCCAGUUUACGUUGACGUCGAGGUCCAGGCGGUCAUGGAGGUUUGCAGCAAAUCCACAGACAUGAGUCCAGUCCAUGACUCUCAAUACCUUAAACUGAACCCUGAGAUUGACCUCAACCCUAAAGUGGGCUUAAACAAAGAUCUCCGGCCCGAUAGCAACUCUGACUCUGAUUGGUUGCCAACUGUAGACCUCAGACCAACGGGAGCCAAGCCUAGAUUUCUAGGUCCAGCCCCUUACAAGUCUCCCAAUAGCCCGAAACCUCUACAACAUGUUUGUCAAAUAGAGAUUGAACUUUGUAGCCAGUCACCCCAGAGUCUUGAUUCGAAAGUAACCAUUGGUGAAUUGGACACAACUUGUCGACUGUUGCCCGGAGUGAUGAACAAGUCCUCUGAGGACUCCUUAAAACCCCUCAAUGCUGGGGGAACAGGAGAAGUGGAGGGAGAAAAGGAGGAGAGUGGUGCACCUCAGCAGGUCAUCUGGGAUGAGCAGGGAAUGACUUGGGAAGUGUAUGGAGCGUCACUGGAUAUGGAAUCGCUGGGGUUUGCCAUCCAGAACCACUUGCAGUGCAAGAUCCGUGAACACGAGCGGCGGAUCAGCACACUCAGGAACUCCAUAUGCCUCUCUGAACAAUUGCCUGAAAAGGGCAGGACAGGAAAGAGGAAGAAGAGUGUCUUCAGAUCACUGUUCUCUGGAUCUAAUUGCUGCUCGAAACCACAACCUAAAGAGGAACUGCCAAAGUAACUCGUUUUUUUUUUUGGUAACACUUUAAUUUAACUAUAUGUAGCUUUGCAACUACAUGUCAACCAACUCUUAUUAGAGAUUAUCUGCUGAAACUUUAUUUUGAUUCUCCCAACAGACAUUUUACUGACAAUAAGAAACUUUGCAACUACAUGCCAACUUAUUCUAUUACCCUAACCUAACAGUUUACUAAUACUCUAAUGAGAGUUACCGCAGGAACUUUCCCCAGGAACUAGGAACUUUGUUGUGGUACUCGGUGUGUUUCGACCGCAGUGAGGUCUAAAUUAAGUUCUGGGUAAAAGAAAGUCUCUGCUGGCAAGGUAGUACUUUUACAAAGUUCAGGAACCUUCAGAGGUGGGACUUGGGCGCUGAGUUCACGUAGCAUUUUGAUUGGUUUUCUCCACGCAGCAUUUUAUUUCGACCACCAUUUUUUUUAAUCUGUUGCGGUGCAUGUAGUAAGAGUAUUGAAAAGUAGCGCACAGUUCUACAUCACCAAACUAAUAUGCCUAAUCUUGAUGUUAACUUAGGGGGAAGAAGUACCUGGGACAAAUUUGUCUGGGUAAUUUGGGUAGAAAUGCUACUUUAGUUGACAUCUGCAAAUGAAUGAAAGUUAGUUGACAUGUAGUUACUUUUAGUUAAUAUAGUGUGUAUAGUGGGUUACCAAAAUAAAGUGUAACCCAUUUAUAUGUAAAUAUAUUUUAUAGAUGGGGGCUAGACCGGGAAUGUAUAGCAGAUACAAAAAAGUAAAAAAAAAAUAUGUAGACAUGAACUUGAAGGUCUUGAAAGGACUUCUUGUCAAUGGCCAAGUCUCAAAAUGGCGAACUUCAUGUAAACUUGCAGUCUCAUGGCCUUCGCAUGUUCUUGCCUACGAAGUGCAUGAGCCUGUAGAGUGUCCCAUUUGUCGUUUCAAGGUUCAGUUAAUAAGCCCCACUUUUUUGGUUCUGGAGGGUUAUUAAAUGUCUCUUAAAGUGAUAGUUCUCUCAAAAAAAGAACAUUCUGUCAUAAUUUACUCACCCUCAUGUUGUUCUUCUAAACCUUGCAUGACUUUCUUUAUUCUAUGGAACACAAAAGUAGAUAUUUUAAAGAACCUUGGGAACAAAACAACACUGGACAACAUUGACUUCUACUGUACUGACAAAACGGCACUGAGACCUUUGUGUUCCACAGAAGAAUGAAUCUUGUAUAGUUUUGGAUGGAUAUGAUUAUAUUUCAUUUUGGGGUCAAUUAUCCCUUUAAGACUCAUUCUCUGACUCAACAAACUCCAUAUUUCAGAUAUUGUUGGGGCAGAAUGGAAAUUGCAAUUGCGUUUCCCAUUUCUAAAGCCAACAUCCAACAUUAGAAUAUUUGAAAUGUUGGUAUUUGUUUGAAGUGAUGUGAACUAGCCUUUUAGACUGAGUUAAUGCGUUCACUUGAAUAUUAAUCUACGAGUGAAUCGUUCACUAAUACUAUUAUGUAACUUUAUUGAAAGUUCAAUUACUUUUUUUCAAUUUUGCACAGACAUAAAGUGUAUAUUGUCUUCACAGUAUUAACUUAAUGUCACUAUAUUUAGCUAGACAUUUUCCAAACCAACUGUUUAUCACUUUUCUUUAUUCUUUUUUUAUAGAAAAAUCUUCUUUAUAGAUUUAAUAUGAGCACUGGUUUGAAAACAGUUUCUGUAUGAUAAUGUUUUUAGGGACAGAACGGGUAAUUACUGUCUAAAUGAGAGCAUUGACCAUGUUCAGUCACUGUGGUCACUUUGUACUAGAGCUGCACGAUUUUGGAUAAAUUAAGAAUCACUUUUACUACUGAAUAAAAUGUAUUUUACUAGAGGUUCUGACAAAAUAUUAAUUGCUGCGGCCUAUUUAAAAUGUUUAAUUAAUUAGAAUGAAUUUUGUUUUUUUAAUUGGUUGAAUGAACGAUUCAAUGACUCCCUCAUAAAGACUUGUUUCAUUACUGGUGGCGAUAAGCCGGUGACUUGACUCGACUCUGAACGAAUCUAUUGAGUGAAUGAUUCAAUGUCAAAUACAUUUUAACAGCCACUUGUCGCCACCUACUGGUGUAACGAUGUAAUGAAACAAUCGUAAUUUGAAGCACCAAGUUACUUUCAAAAAGUGAUUUGGUUUAUUUUUAUCACUACCGAUGUUUAUAUGCGAACUAUAAACUUUUAUCCCAGUAUUUCUGUGAUAAUUUGAAUUAUUGUAACAUAAAUAGGGAUACUAUGUUCGAAAAAAAGUUUAAUUGAAGCAAUAAAUUGAAUCAUUGUCAUUUAGGAAUAAUCGUGUGGGUGUUUGAAUCGAGAUUUUAACGAUUAAUCGUGCAGCUCUACUUUGUACUCACUUACCUAAACAACUUUAAGCACUGUUAAUGCUGGCAGAUGUUAAUCUCAUUGAAAAAGAUUAACUUUCAGUUGCUUUAUCACUGCAAAAAGCCUUUAGAGGUACACGAUGCUGCGCUGAUAAUCACUAUAGAGCACUUUAAUGGAAUAAAAUAAUGCUUGUAAUGUUCUAGAUGAUGUGAUCUGUGUCUGAUGUUAAAGCACAAACAGAAAUAUAGUUAAAACACCUUGUGUAUGAGCCUGGUUCUUGUUUUCUGAGCACUGUGAUUAGUGUGUGAUUUCAUGUUAUUUGUACCUGGACUUGACUAAAUGGGGUCUUUGUGUUUCCGCCCAGAGCUCUUAAGUGAAGUCUACUGAAUAUUUUAUAUUUUCCGUGUGAGGGAGCAAGGCGUAGAUAUUGACUCAAAUUGGGUUAUCUUUGUUCUAAAUGAUGUCUGAAUUGAGUCCAGCUUUAAAUAUUUCAGUCGAGCCGCGUUGAUAUUGUAUCUGCAGCACUCAGAGUAAAUCAAACACACAGGUGUGUAAGCACACACACAUCUACUGAGUCGUGUGUUCGGUCGAUAUCAUGGACCCUAUGGAGCAUCUGCCCUACUUACU